AUGGCGGCGAAUUUGAAGUCACAAGAUGAAAGGGCAGCAAGACCUCUUUGCAACGACAGAAGCUGCGAUCUCUGCAAUACGCAUUUGUCAAGGUUACCUAAGAGUUUAGGAUAUGGAAUUAUUGCUUUUACCUCGUUAGCUUGUUAUCUGAACAGCUUGGAUUACGAUUUAGUACACGAUGACAUUUUUGCGAUCAAAGAGAACAUGGACAUUCGCCCUGAAACUCCGCUGCUGAACAUACUCUCUAACGACUUCUGGGGCAAGCCAAUGUGGAGUAAUACGAGCCAUAAGUCGUACAGACCGCUUUGUGUCUUAACUUUUAGAAUAAAUUUCGCAAUACAUGGCUUAAAACCUUUUGGAUACCAUGCUGUCAAUGUUGUUCUUCACGGAUUGGUUUGUCUGUUGUAUACUUAUAUGUGCGAAGUAGCGGCCUUCAAGUCCAGUGUGCUUGCAUUUAUUGCGGGAAUGUUAUUUGCUACACAUCCUGUCCAUACAGAAGCUGUAAGUUCAGGACUUGUCUCUCUUUCGUAACCUUCAAACUUCUAGGAUCUGAUUGUUGACUCUCCCCCCUCCCCUCCUUGUAAAUUAGUCACGAGAAUUUCGUGUUGGAACAAGAUAACAACUUCUACCUGAUUAUUUUUAGCAUUCUCAUUAUAUGUUUGCUGGAUAAUGUAGGAUAUUACAGGGAGAAGUUACAUGUUAAUCAUUUCAGGCAGUACAAGGGUCAAAGAGUGAAUGUACACGUAAGCUUACAUUUGAGCGGUUUGCAACCUCAAAGCAUUUUGCCGAGGAAUUUAUUAGCUGUUAUGUUUCAUGAAAAUGCCAUGUUACACCUGAAUGUUUUUUAUGCUCAUUAUUGUUAUGAUAGGUCUGUAUGACUGAUUUUUGUGGGUAGUGUGAAAUAACUGCACCAUUGCAAAAAAUUUCCAACCCCUCUCCUUCCUCCAUAAGAAGCAUGAUUAAGGGAGGAGAGGGGGCAUAUUUAUUGAUGGAGUGGAUUAGUUUGUUAUUAUUACUGCCUUACUUUCUCUUGUUGGAUCACAGGAUCCUCAUGUUUGGGAGGGCGGGUGCUUUUAUGGUAAUAUGAUUGAAAAAUUGAAUGGUCUCAAUUUUUUGCAUCAUAACUACACCCAAUUCAUUUAAUAAAUUCUAAAAAUUCCCUAAAUCUGCCACAUUGAACAGUUUUGGCAGAGGAUUUCAAAAGUGAAAGAAAGUGGGAGUAGUAACAAUAAAAUAAAACUUUAGGUCCAUUUUGAAGGUUCAGUUAUUUUUAUAACAUUUACCAAUGUGUUUAUAUCUUCAGGUGACAGGAGUUGUGGGACGUGCUGAUGUACUGGCAUGUUUGUUGUUCCUACUUUCAUUUCUAGCAUUUGUAAGGUGAAUUUCAUUUUACAAAAGCCUCUGUGAUGCAAUAUUGAAAUCUUUUUUAUUCUGGCUGAUUCCAAUUUCAGGUUGUAGGUAAUUUUUAAUUUGCACCCUUUUCUAGGUCUGUAGGAAACAAAGGCUGUUGCCAGAUAUUGUACACAAUUAUUUACAUGGUUCUUGGUGCCAUUGCUAUGCUGGUAAAGGAGCAUGGCAUAACUGUGUUUGGUGUAUGCUUUGCAUAUGAUUGUAUGGUUAUUAACAAGAAUUUGAUUUGGAGGUAAGUGAUGUCUCAAUCAUACCAUCAUAUGCCAGGUUCUUUUUUUUUUUUUAGACCUGUUUUGUUACUUUUCUUUUAAAAACAUGGCAAUCCUAUCAUGUUAAUCAAAUGUGUAUCUUUUCAAUAAUAGAUCACAGAUGAUUCCAAAAUGCGGUAAGAACUAUACAGUGGCACAUUUGAUGUCUUCUGUGAUCUAUACUGUACAGACCCACUGCAACAUGGAAUCUAUACGUUUUAUGUAAUGAAAAGGCAAAAGGUUAUUAAUCUUGACAUCAUCUAUGUGUCUGUCCUCCAAUAGAUCAUGAAGAUCAAAUUGCUUAUAUAAUUCAGUUUAUCAUUUAAAUUACAUUGGAACUUCUGUGAACUGUUGCCUUACUUGCCAAGUGCAAAAAGAACUGUGAAAGAUUACAUGGUGUUGGAGUUACGGUGUAGGUGACAUUAAAUGACUUCAAAAUGUUCUUUACCCUUUAACUCCCAAGAUCUCAUAAGUAAUUCUCCUUACUGUCUGCCAAACAAUUCUCAGUAUGUUAGUUUGGAGAAUUUGAUAUCAGAUCAACUAGUAAUCCCAUAAUUGAUAUUUUUCUUUAUUCUCAUCACUUGUCUGCAUGAUUUUGUAUAGAUAUAGUUAGGAGAAAUUCUGUCUUGGUCACUCACGGGAGCUAAAGGGUUAAAAAGAAAUAGCCUGGACCUCAAUUUGAUAGAAAAAUCAAGAAAAAGCAAUUUUUAGUGACUAAGGCCCUUCUUUUUAGGUUCUUUUGUGAAACAAGUGAAUCUUCUUUUCAGGAGUAAUGUUUGUAAUUUGUAUGUUUCAAAUCUUUGUUCAACUAUCUUUUAGUAAGUUUCUGUGAAGUAACAACAGCACAUGUUUCUGUUUGACUGUAUUGACCUGCAGAGUCAUCAGAGAAAGAACUGUGUCAGUGGAAAAGGACGUUACGGCAUUGAAGCGUCUUCUAUUACGAACACUUGUUCUCUCUGUAUCUGUAAGUGUGAGGUAAACUUGUUUUUAGAAAGCAUAAUUGUGAUUAGACACUUUGGAAGCUUUUAUUCAGGAUUUAAAGUGCCGUGGGGAUUUCGAGAAAAAAAGCAAACGACCUUUGUUAUUAUGUUAUUGGGGAAUUGAAGAGCACGAUGAAAAAUGUUAUUAGCGGUUUGUAAUUUGCACCAUUGGCGACAGAAUCCUGUGGGUAAAAUCUGACGUAAAGAAACAAUACGGGACCUUAAAUUUCCCAAAAACCGAUUUUAGUGACCACACUUCGUUGUCAAAAUAGUUUAAACUAAGCUUCAUGUUGUUUUGUGCUGUCAUGUGUUUUGAAGAAGACUUUCUUGUUAAAAUCCCUUUCCUUCGCUUCCUCUUCCUCGUCGUCAUUGCCAUCGUCAUCCACAUCAUCAUCACGAGCGCUACAUUUGACGUUUUCCUCUUCAUCGAUGCCGCUUCAAAGGUCGAUGUAUAAGUUAUGUUCUUAAGUCCGGCUGUUCCAUACAACUCUCUUUUAGAAAUUUCAUAAAAUGAUCGCUGGCGAAAUUGUCGCGGAAAUUUUGCAAUCGCUGCCCCGGUACACUACGAGAUUUCUGCUGAUCGUUGCGCCUGCGCCGCGUCGGGGUAUGAAAUCGUUAAGUGUGGCACCGGCUUAUUGCUUACACGUAAUUAGAUGGAGAACCGCAUCAGAUGACUAAAACCUAUUGACCUAUAAAGAAAAAAGGUAGCAUUCAGUGUUCAUUUAACAAUUGGUUCUCUGUUACCGUACGUGCGUUCAGUUACAGAUCGAUCGUUCGAUCGAACUUACAAAAAAGAAGUAAAUUGUCAAUUUUGAAUGCAGAUACUUUUAUACCGACCUAAAGCAAGAUAUUUAAUUUUUGCCUGUAGAAAGAGGCGAAAAGUCAUUAAUCUUGGAAAUUAAGCAUGCCCAACAUGAUAAUUUAUAGUCAAUCAGAAUUAGUAACCCUAAAGAAAUGUUUUUUCCUUCUUGCGUUUUAACGUGGGUGAAACCCAGACCUUGCGCCUCGUAAAGGCCUAAUUUGCCUCAGAGUUAACAUCCUUUCCUAUUCGAUUUACUGACUUGAAGCAAACCUGGAUGUUGUUUUUUUCCGCCGCAGGUUUUUUGUCUAAUGGCAUUCAGAGUAUGGAUGCUUGGAGGAAAUCUACCACAUUUUACAAUUCAGGACAACCCUGCCUCAUUUUCAGAUUCUCUUAGUACUCGCGUUAUGACUUACUCAUAUCUGGUAGCGUUCAACUCUUGGCUGCUUUUGUCGCCAAGUGUGUUGAGCUAUGAUUGGCAGAUGGGAAGCAUACCUCUUGUGGAAUCGCCGCUGGAUUCCCGAAACUUAGGCACACUGAUGUUUGCCUUGAUAGCUGUUCUUCUGGUUUAUUAUGCUGUGUUCUCCAAUAAGAUCCUGGUAAAUAGUGGUUUCUACAUACAUCUGCGUUUAGCUUACAAUCAUAAAUUUUGUUGAAAAUGAUCUGGGACCUUCAGUUCAUUACAUGUGUAUUUGAUUCUAUUCAGUUUCCUUUGCAUUGUAUUCAUUAUUGCAAUCUGAGAAAGAAAAGGGAGAUAAAAAAAACAAACCGGUUUGAACAAAGCAAACAAACAAACACACAAAAGCAAAAAACAGAUUGAAAAAUAUUGAGCCACAGCAUUUAUGCAUGCAUGUAAUGUAAUUGUCGUUUAAGGGUAACGACUCAGUAGUUGAUGACAGAGCAUCUUUUAAAUUCUAUAUUUGUCUCGGUAGCCACGUGAUCAAGAUGUCCUCGUUUUGUCUCUGGCCAUAAUGGCUAUUCCAUUCCUUCCGGCUUCUAACUUGUUCUUCAGAGUUGGAUUUGUUGUUGCUGAGAGAAUACUUUACAUACCAAGGUAUGCUGUGAAAUGUUACAGUGAGUAUUUCAUCUGGAAGACAAACUUGUCUCGAAAUCCUGACCGGAAUUAACAUCUUUUGAUUUGAUGCCGACGAAGUGACGUGUGUUGACGUGACUUCACGUGACGGGAUUUGACUUUUCGUGACUUGGCGUGACUUGAUUUGUUCAUGUGACUCGACGACGUUCUGGACACAAAAAGGGUCAUCUUGUCUAAGGAUAAUAUACUCUAAAGUAAUCGGAAACUCUGAUUGGUAAAAGAAUUUUGAAAUUUUUACCUCAGCAAGAUGUAUUUGCAGUGAUGUUGACAAAUCUCUGCCCUCUCUUUUCCUGUAGCAUGGGGUUUUGUAUGCUUGUUGUUUGUGGACUCAACAAACUGGCAUCGGUGGUGACACCAAAUGGUAAAGUGGCAUUCAAAGAUAAAUUUACAGAAGCACGAAUGAAUGUCCUGCAAAAAGUCUUACUAUCAGGGGUAUUUGUGAUGGUGGGACUUUUCUGCUGGAAAACUGUGGUACGGAAUCGUGUAUGGAGCAAUAGGGAGACGCUAUUUAGGUAAGAUUUUGAGAUCUACAAAUGGAGGGUGAUUCAUGUCAAGUGACCUGUUGCUGCAAUGUUUCUCAAGUACGCUUCUUGUGUACUUCCUUUAAAACAAGUCCCAGCGAACAAACGUUCGAGUUCACUUCAUCUUGAAUUAGUGUGACGUGUUUCGAAAACAAAUUCUCUCGCCGAGACAGAGUUUUUUCCCAUGAGUUGUUCUUGUCGCAAAUAGCGAAUUGCCCUGUUGCUUCAUGUCAUGGCAACUUGUUUCUCUGAGUGUGAUUAUCUUUACAUUGGAACAAGCUAGAAAGAGGAGACUCAAUAUUUCUUUAAAAUAAGUUAAAGAGAGAAAAAAAAUUGGAAUUUUGCUGAGUUCUGCUUACUUUGAAACACAAAUUAUGUGGUUAUGGCUUGAAAGAAAUGGCAAGAGAUGUAGAGUUUUUCAUUUCGUAACGGCGCUUGUUGCUGUGUGAUAUGUUUGUCAGGCACGAGAUUGUCAGGAAUCGUGUAGAACUUUGUCCCGGUCAUAAAUAGUUAUUAUAGCUACGCCAUGCAUCAUGGUUACUGCACUUUCGCAAUGCAUCAUGGUUACGCUAGGAGUCUGAAGUUCACUAACUUAUAUUUCUUUGCCCUGUUUUUUUUUUUUCAGGUCGGGAAUUGAAACUCUUCCUCAUAAUGCUAAAGCACAUUACAACUUUGCAAAUUUUCUAAAAGAUACUGGAAGGGCUAAAGAGGCCAUAUAUCACUAUGAAACUGCGCUAAAGUGAGUGUCAACCCUUUUUUGACAAGUGUUUAGGGUCUAAAUAUCUUGCGGCAAUGAGAGAAGCUAAAGUUGAAUUUUUCUACAUGAAAAUCAACCAAUAGUCUGUCUAACAGCGCACACAAAUGAUGUGUAAUAUCCAUCUGCAUACCUGUGUCAGUUGAGAUUGAUCUUAUGUUAGUAAUAAGUGAAACAAAUUAAGGGAUGGAACGACCAUCUGUUUUUGCUCCAUCAGGUUGGCACCAAAUCAUGUCAGCGCUCAUAACAAUCUGGGUACUCUUUUGGAAAACGAUCAGGUAGAGGUGUAUGGCCUAUGAAAGCCUUUCAAGCAUUCGUCGUCUAAUUAUUAUCCUCUUAUUUUCUAGUCGUUCUCCUGGGACACUUGCCAACAAUUUGUUGAUCACGUAGCUACGGAUUCUAUGGCGUGAAUCUAGUAGGAAUAUAGGAAUAUUUUUACCCUUUCUGGAUGAGAUUCCUGUUGUUCCCACGUUAUCCACCCUUCCCCCCCUCCCCUAGGCUGGUGUCCAGUUCUACUCCUGGGAGGAGAGAGGCACUGUGAGUAGCACUGUUUAGUCUUCCGCACGAAUACAACAAAAUGACCUUGGCCAGAAGCCAUCGUCUGGUGCACCAGUUGCUAGCUCUUUCAUCCGAACAUCAGCAUACAUAUUCUACAUACUGUUCUUCAUACAUUUUCUAAAGAACUGACCUGGAGAAUCAAUUUAAGAAUCAACAACUUUUCUUUUUGUUGGUGAUCAUUUCCUUUAUUCUCGUGACCUCAAUGUUUGAUUCAGGGGUGAUAUUGUAAGGAGAAAUUAGAUGCUGGUCUGAGAUUAAAAGGUUAAACCGCCUUAUUCUUACCCUUCUUGUUGUGCUGAAGUCUUUUUCAUUUUUUUUUUCUACACUUAGGAAGCCAUGCAGCACUUUUCUGAAGCCAUCAAGAAUGAUCCAUAUCAUGCAAACUCGUACUUCAAUCUUGGAACUCGCUUGGCGUAAGUAGAUUUAAGUCACUUUUUAUCCGGAGGGGUCUUCAAGUAGAUCUCGUCUCUAAUUCGGCGGAUAGUGGCCCUUUAAAUUCAGCAAAUGAUUUAUGUUACUGAUUGAGUGGGUUUCAGAGUUUGUAUGUCUGUUCCUCUGUCUGCUUAACUUUCUGUCCUUGUGACUAUCCGUUUGUCUGUCUGUUUGUCUUUCUGUUUGUCUGUCUGUGUGUCUGUCCGUCGUUUUGUCAGUCUGUCUGUCUCUCCACUCCUACGCCCGCCUACCUACCCAUUUGUCUAUGCGUCCAUCAGUCUGUCUUUCUGAUUGGCAAGGCUAUGAUAUGUGAUUUGAAGUUUUGAACAGCGCCAUAUUUACAGACCAUGCCGUAUGAACUCAUCACAUUUUUUUCUUUUUUUUUUAAGGUCAUUAAAGCGUCUCUCUGAAGCCGAAGCAAUGCUUAAAAAGGCCAUCAGGUAAACGAGAGAAACACUCGUUCACUCUAAGAUUUCGUCUUUUCAAACAUAUAUUUUUUACAAGCUUUAAAAUUCUGAUAAUUCCAGUUUCAAGUAACUAGUUUUGAAAAUAAUCCUUUUUUUAGGUUUAAUCCAAGUUAUUUAGAUGCAGUGUUAAACGUGGCUGGUGUGCUCAUUGAACAAGAGAAAUUUGAUGAAGCUGAGGAGUUUUACAAGAAAGCGCUGACUUUAGAGCCCAGAAACGGCGAUGCUUACAACAAUUAUGCCGUAUAUCUUGGUAAAAUUGGUGAGGAAUAGGUGGCAGUAAUUGAUAAAUGUGCAAGCUGGCCAUGUUUAAUGAGUGACCAUAUAUAUAUAAUCAGAAUACCACAGUUUAGUUUUGCAACUGGGUAUGGUUGGUUUCCAAAUCGAACCAGAGAGAUUGUCGUGUCUGUAAUAUUACGAAUCAAAGCUAAUAUAUUAAAACAAUUACAUGAAAAUGAAUUCAAAGAAGUCUCCCACUAACAUUCAAAGAAUGUGUAUUCCGCUUGAAAGACUCGACAGUUCUGGUUCACGGUUCAAAUUCCCCAUACCCGGGCACUGUUGCCGGAAAGGGGGGGCAAGGCUUCGAAAUGAUCGGCCUAUGAGUUUGUUGUUCAUUGUCCUUGUCCCGCAUUUGAGGUUUUUCUCAAUGCUCUCGGUUUUCCUCAAAAUUUGACUUGGUAACAGUGGACAAAGAGCCAUCUCGUUAAUUUGCAACUCUUAAAAUCCAAUUUAUUUCAUUUCUUUAUUUAUUUGUGCAUUAUAAAAUUCUUUUGUUAGUCUUGGUUAUAUUAUAAACGUAAUAUAGUGUGGGCAGGUACACUUAUAAGAAUUGCACCACCUUAUGUAAAGGAAAUUCUAUCUAUGAUGGCCAGACUUUGAUAUAUUUCAUAUCUUAUUUUGCUCUGCUAGGUCGGACAAAAGAAGCCUGGGAGAAUUACAACAAAGCUCUACAGUUCAACCCUACUCACGCAGUGGCGAUGGUGAACAUGGCUCGGCAGUUACGUGCAGAAGGAAAAAUUCGGGAUGCAGAAAUAACUUACAAGAGGUUUGCACUGACAUGCAUCAAUUUCAUAUAAUUCCAAUCGCAUUUGAAUUGUAGACAACAGGUACAGACCUUCUGAGUGCAGUGUAUCUAAAAUUUCAUAUCACCGCAUAGAAAUGCAAAAAUUUUGAAAGGUGCAGAGUGUUCUUUAUACUGUGUGGAAUAUCGGACAAUUCAGUGUGAGUGGUAGCAUUUUAUUCGGACAUCAUCUUUAAUUCUGUGUCAAAAGGAUCAGCAUCCUGUCUCGUUGAUUUGUUUGUUCCCAAUCUCUUCUCGUCUAAAGCUUUCGAUCCAUAUGGAGGGAAUAAAAAGCUCCCCCAGCUGUCUAUGUAUUGAUUGAAUAACAGGCUCUUAGCAUUCCAAAAAAAACAUGUUUGUAUUCCUCAUUCGUAGAAACGUUAGAUAUGCUGACAUACAAUUAUAAGUUCACUUUUUUCCUAUGUGUAAAGUUCUAAUCUCUAGGCUCGAUUUCCGCUGGCAGUCCAAUUGCAUUCUCUGAUACUUCCUUCGGAGAGGAGUGCGGGCUUAUAUCCCGAACAGCGGCCGGUAAUCUAACCUAUCUAAUUUCAGGCCUCUUUAUUUCUGCAGAGCUCUGUCAAUACGACGAGACCCAAGUACGUUACAGUUGCUUGGAGUACUGUAUUAUCACAACCAGCAGCUAAAAGAAGCAGAACUGGCUUGGAAAGAAUCAAUAGAACUGGAACCAACGAAUAUUGAAACUCGCUCGAACUAUGUGAGUGAAAUGUUAACUUCGUGAGAGAGGCACUGACCAGUUUAGGUUUGCCUCAGUAUUGUGCACUUCUAAUUUCGUGAUGUGAAUUUACCUGAAUUGCUCACGAUACUGUGUUGUGUACUCGACAUUUUUUCUGUUUCUUGUGGCGUUGUGUUUGGGACUUUAUGCAGUUUGUUACAGUAUGUAGGUUUACGUUAAUGGUAUAUCAACUUCUUCCUCUUUUUUUAACCUAAAAAUUCAAAUUGCGAGCUUUCGCAGUUGAAGGUAAUUUUUAUUACUACCAAUUGGCGGGAAAAUUAUUUCAAUAUGCCAAAAAUUUCCAAGUUUGUUUCAUUCUUUCUGCAGGCAAUUCUUCUCGGACAAACCAACCGGCUCGAUCAGGCCAUGGGUAUUAUGAUGGGCCUGGUGCAAGACGAUCCUAAUAAUCCAGGACACUACAAGACACUAGCAGGAAUGUAUGCUCAGAACAAACAAUUGGAUGAAGUAAGUUGCUUGAGGACGCUUUCGACCACAGAAUGCUCCGUGACUCGGCUCGUUUUUCAAAAGCCUCAUUAAAUAAACGGGCCCAAAGCCAUAUUUGGAAAUUUAAUCUAAGGAAUAGUAGGGCGGGUCUUGGCUAAAGAACACAUACUCUUUCAUUUUCUGAAAUUUUUAUUGAGUGAAUUUCAAGUUAUCGAUAACCUCGAUCUUGAAUGUAAACUUGAUCAACAAAAACAAGCUCUUUGGGACCAGUUGUUACUGGACUUUUGAGAAAAGGGGCAUGUUAUGGUACCCUCGAUCGCAUUUGCGUCUUCUCUGAUUGGCUGUUGGGAUUGCUAUCGUUUUGAUUCGCUACCUUCAAGCGAAAUUACUCUUGGUUUUCGGUGAUUUUCAAUAGCAGAAUGUGCUUGAGGCGGUUCAUGUAACUUUGUGAUCGAUAAAUGUGUCCUCACAUAAACCUCGCCAACAAAGGAUUUACUGUAUGUUAUUAUAGAAAAUCCCUCAUACGUUGUGCGAAUUGGAUAUCGUUAUUUUUCACAGGCUCUGCAAGUAGUCACUAACGCUCUCAGGCGCCAUGUCGAAAAUGCAGAACUUUAUUAUUAUCAGGGAAAUUUUUUCAAGGAUUUAAACAACAUGCAACAAGCCAAGAAGGUAAGAACGAGAAACUUUUCCAGUUAAAUGUGAGUUGUGAUUGGUUAGGUUAAAUCCCUUGAGGUAAGUAAGUCAUGUCGUGCGUCAUAUCGUGCGAUCUUUUUUUGAGUUGUGAUUGGUUAGGUUAAGUCCCUUGGGGUAAGUAGGUCAUGUUGUGCGAUCUUUUUUUUGAAAUAGAGCUACAAGAAAGCUGUCCAGCUGGACCCACAACUUUUCAGUGCUCAUUUGAAUCUUGGAGUCAUAUUCCACCUUGAGGUUAGUGCCGGGUUAUUCCAGCUCGUGUUGCGUUUAUUUUGUAUAAUAUUUGAAAGAAACUGCUAUUUUUAUUUCUCUGACCCUGUUAUCUAUGUGCUGAUAGAAGGCGAGUUCAUCAGUUAAUUUAAACACGAGGUUAGAAUAAGAACUCUUUGAUAAGUUCACUCUGUUGGAUUUUUUUUUGUCCGUUUGUUUCAUCGUUUUCUGGUAGCUGGGGAAAAAAAUUAGAAAAAUCGAAAUACCUUUUUCCCAAUGAGAAAGAAUGAUAAAUAAAUGAAGUAAUGAUUAAAUUCACAGUAGGUAAUGGUGACAAUCAGUCUCAGUUCAUUUGAUAGUUGAAAUUAGAUGUGACCAGUAGUGCUUCAAAAGCAACUAUAGUUACAUUUCCUCAUAGGGAAAUCGAGCAAAGGCCAGGCUUCAUUAUGAGAUCGCAGCGAAGCUGGAUCCAGGCAACACAAUCUUGAAGGAGAAUCUGGCGAAGCUGCAACGACUAGAGAAGAAACAUAGGCAGUGACUACGGACUGUUGUAUUGAGGGUGUAUGUAUAAAUCAACUCCCUACAAUUUUCCUUUGAAACGAAAUAUGUAAAAAGUGGAAACUGAAGAACUGAACAUUCACACACCUGUCAUUUAAGAGAAAAUGCUUCUUGUUUUAAAUUUACGUGUUUCUAGACUUUCUAUUGCUCGAUUCAGCGUUUCGUUUCCCUAAACUCGGAGAGUACCCAAAUUGCAACGUUUAUGAUGGCGGAAUUUUGUGGUUCAGGGAAAAAUCUGCUCCAUAAGGGCCCGCUUUAUGAGAACCAAUGAUCAUUACAGCUACGAACCAUGUAAAUCGUGUAAUGUCUUACCUCGCUUUUUCUCGCAACAAUCCAUAAUUAGUGGGAUUUUCAAAACCAAAUCCACUGAUUUGGAACGCUAUUCAUUUCCUUCUUCAUUGUCAAGGCAUGUCUAUUUGUGCAAAGUAAAGUAGCCUUAGCAGUGGAUCUGGAGGACAAUUUGAACUCAAGUAUAAAAGCGCUGGUUGCUAACGGUUAUAACAACUUUUGCGCCAAAGAAGAUUCAAUUUCAUUACAUUUUGUGCUACUUUCGAGCAUAUAUUUGGGUUUUAUUCCUUUCGCCCCCUAGGGAUUAAGCGAAAACUUAAAAUACUUUGGAUUCUUGGAUAACGUUUUGAACCUGUUAAUCUGUGAAAGUUUGAAAGAAAUCGGUGAGAUGGCAUGUGAUACAAAUGGCUUGGUUCUCUCGUGGACAGACUCUUACCGGGUGGCUUAUCCAUCAAAGUUUAAUUACUGGAGUUAUUUCCAAAAGAACAAUUGCUGAACAGGUUCAACAAGUGUUACUGGAUGUCUGAAACAUACCAUUUAGUAAAAACCCUAUUAGUGCCAGAAAAGUGGAUAAGUACUUUACAUAACUACCAAACUUAGAGAAAUUGCUGUGAUGAACAAGAACUGCCAUAAUUUUGAUGGAUCUCAACGUUAAGUUCAGGUUUAAUUCAGACGCUGUUUUUAAUUAAAGGAACAAUUGCCAUUUAUCACAACGACAGCUGUUACUCGAAGAGGCGAUUUCUAUAUCUAUGACAAAAGAUUUAGUACCAAACCUGCUUGAUUUAAUUAAACUGCUAGUAAAUAAACAUUGACUGCAAUUGCGCUAGUUAACAUAACAUUUCAAUUUAAUUUAAGAAAUGAAGUGAUCUUAAUUAGUGACACUGUCGUGUUAAUUGUGAAAACCAACAUGAAAACAUUUAAAAACAAAAGUACGUUUAGAAUUGUUG